UUGUACCCCAUCCGAAGCAGCGGCCAAAGACUAGCAUUGCAUACGGCGGCAUCCUGCAGCCAUGUCGACCCUUGGGCUGAGAAAAGGAUUGGCCCAAUCGCUGCGGCCCACCCUCCGCCCUUAAGCAAACAGCACAAGGGGUGUUCUGCAGACCUUGGCCACUUCACAGUCUUCACAGCUUUCUUUUGGAAGAACUCCACGCGCCAAAGACGGGGAGUGGUUUGGACACUCACGCUCUUGGAUCGACUGGACCGACUGGAAACAGGACGCCUUUUUGGAUGGCAAUUCUUGCCCGGCCAUUGCAAAACAAGCUAUGUGAUAUAUAUAUAUAUACACACGCCAGCUUGAUGUAGCCACUUGAUUGACUUCAUGGUAUCUAUCACUCAAGAUGUAUAUAACGUCAAAAAGGGUUCCCUUAGUGUUCUUGACAGUUGCACUGUGUUUGGUUAGAGCUUCAAACACGUUCAAACUUGCAAGAUGUUUAAAGUUUAGGACAUAUGAGAACUGGUCCACCCAAGAGCCACCACAAGGUCAGCAAAGAAAGCAAUCACCAAACACAUCCAAAAACGCACCUCGAAGAUCUAUGUAUCGUAUUUCACUUAAGAGGCUUCACAAUGUGUUUCAUUUGAAACUUCUUCACUCUGGCUUUCCAGGUUGGGGAGACCUGUGACAAGUAUUUCAAAGUCUGCUAAGCUGAGCGUUUCACCUCUUCCACCCCCAACCCUCCUUUCACCCCCAAGGCUGGCACGUAGCGCCGCGGUGGCGGCCACGUCCGGCGCGCUGGGACUGGCGAUCGGUUCGGAGAAAGUGCAGCUCAUGGGGGGCCUGGCGAAGGUGAAAGCAUGGUUGGGCUUCCAAGCUGCGGCCGUGGAUUUGACCCAGCCAGAUGCGGUACUGGGGGAGGCAUUGAGCUUCGCUAAAGCCACACCCCAAGACUGUGGAGUGCUCUCCACCCGUCAGGGAGGUGGAGUGGCCAGCAGGAUGGUGCAGUUGAAGGAGCCCUUCGGAGUGCAAGAGGAGAAUGGCGACGUCCGAGUGAACUUCUUUACUUCGUCAGCGAGCCGAAAGUUCAAGGAGCUCCUUGCAGAUCCGAACUGCGCCUUGCUGUACUGGAACCCUGAGACUUUGACCUAUGUCACCUUCCAAGGCCGUGCGGAGCCAAAGCCUCCCGCAGAGGCCAAGAGCUUUUGGAGGGAAUGGAUGCGGAUCCUCUACAAGGAUCCGGGCUUAUAUACCGCCUGGCAUCUCCAUGUUCAAAGGAUCCAGGUGGUGAGCAUUGGGCGCCUGGAGAGCUAUCGCCACGACUGGCGUCCCGUGGAACUGGAGCGCUCCCAGGGCUCCUGGAAGAUACUUUGCGAUGGAACCGAGUGACACAAGCAGCGCUGCUGAAAGAAACAUGUGCCGCUGCUUGCGCUUAGUUUGCACACACUGAGUUGGUGUCUUUUAGUUCGAGGGACGAGUGACAAGUGUUCUGGGUUGUAGCAUGUCACCUGUGUAGGGAUCGUUGCUUUUUCCUGUUUGACUGUGCGUGGCCGUUUGUAAUAUCAACUGCAUUGCACUGAAAGUGAGUUGCUUGACCUGGCAGACAACUGACAAGGGGCCAGCAGCCAGCAGCGGAAAGGUUUCAUUAUUGCCCGCGCCAUUUCGGCUUGGACAGAUCAAGGACAUGGCGGCGCUGGUGUAGAAUCAAUCGGAC